UUUUCCAAAAUUCAAAUCCCAAAACCGGAAAAGCGCGGGCUGUCACAAACGCAACCUCACUUUAGUGUUACCGCGGCUGGUGAAAUUUUGGUGCAUUUUCUGAGAUGGCUCUCUGGGUGGAUAAGCAUCGUCCGCGGGACUUCAGCAAGUUGGAUUAUCACAAGCCACAGGCGGAACAACUGAGGAAUCUGCUGAAGCAGGGAGAUUUCCCUCACUUGAUGUUCUACGGUCCAUCCGGCGCUGGGAAGAAGACUCGCAUCAUGUGCCUCCUCCGGGAACUCUACGGAUCUGGCGUUGAGCGUCUGCGACACGAAACGAUGGUCUUCACGACGCCUUCCAACAGGAAAGUGGAGAUAAUGACUGUGGGCAGCAAUUAUCAUCUGGAAGUGAAUCCCUCAGAUGCCGGAAUCUACGACAGAGUAGUGAUUGUGGAUCUCAUCAAGCAAGUGGCACAAACACACCAAAUUGAUCCCACAGGGCAACGAGAAUUCAAGGUGAUUGUUCUCUCGGAAGUCGAUCACAUCACGAAGGACGCCCAGCACGCUCUGAGGAGGACAAUGGAGAAGUACAUGAACACCUGUCGCAUUAUCUUGAGUGUCAACUCCACGUCCAGAGUGAUUCCGGCCAUCAGGAGUCGGUGUCUGGGCAUCAGAGUGGCUGCUCCUACUUAUGAGGAAAUCGUCAGUGUGCUCAUGGCCACGUGCAAGAAGGAGAACCUCCAGCCAUCACGUGAACUUUGUCAGCGCAUUGCUGAGCAGUCCAAUAGGAACUUACGGAGGGCUGUUCUCAUGCUGGAGGCUUGCAAAACGCAGCAGUACCCCUUCACGGGCAGUCAAAAGAUCACAGAACUCGAUUGGCAAGUGUAUCUCAGGGACACAGCCAAUGAGAUCAUUCUGGAGCAAACGCCCGCUCGUCUGCACUCCGUCCGCGAACGCCUGUACGAGUUGCUAGCCCAGGGAAUUCCACCGAACAUGAUCUUCCGCGGUCUCGUGGAGAGCCUCGUGGUGAAGUGUGACAUGAAUCUUAAGGCGGAGACGAUAAAAUGGGCAGCGACAUUUGAACACCGGAUGCAGAUUGGCAGCAAGCACAUCUUUCAUCUUGAGGCCUUCGUGGCGCGAUUCAUGGCAAUUUACAAGCAACAGUUGGACGACAUUCUCAUGGAUGACUUGUAAGCCUGUAACUGCGCAUGUUCCGUUUCCUGGUAACGACUAUUACUCAGGACAAAAUUUUCCAAAUAAAAAAGAUUGUAAAAGUG